UAUCGGGUUUGAUUAGAUUCCUCCAAACUAGUCAGUGUGUGUGUUGUAUUGUGACACGCCAGUGACACAGUGCAACAUUAUGAACUUUGUGGCCUCGAGAGGAGGACAUGGGAACAAGCGGGGACUGAAGCAUAAUUAAUCUUUAUUGUAUUGGAUAUCACAAGGAAUUUGAAUAUCCGUAAUAAAUAUCGAAGAUAAUGUGAUAAACGGAUUAUUACUUAGAAAUUUUCAGCUAAUGCAGAUGUUGUUCUUAAAGAGGAAGUUCGCUGGCAACAUUAAAAAGGAGGAAAUAAACUGCGCGCUGAUUCGCAUGAAAUGUUAUAUCAAAUAUAAAGGACAAGUUUCCUGAGCGACGGAGUCGGGGAAAUAUUUAGAAAGAUAAAAAAUUUUUGUUUAGGAGAGAAAAUAUUCCCUUGUAAGGAUUUUUAAUAAACAAUGGAAUUAGAGCAUUCCUUCGAGGGUUUAAAAUUUGAACCUGGAACUUCUUCUCUGUCGGAUAUAAAGAGAAAUUUUCCUUUGCCUGUGGUGGUCGUUUGUGAUGCCUCAAAAAGCCCCGUCCCUGUGGAUAGAACCAGAUUUAACUUUGAUCUGAGACAGCCUUUACUUUUGUACAGAAGUAGAAACAUUAAGAAAAUCAGCGCUAGAAGUGUUUACAUAGACCCCUCGUCACGAGCCUUUCACGAUGUAGGCGAACAGCUUCUUAUACCCGAGGAUUAUAGAGGGUACUUUUCCUUGUUAAAGAAGAACUACAAUAACGGUCCCGUGGACGACUUUGUUCCUCACUAUCAAGAGGUUUCAGAAGUAGCGGGAACUAAUACCGAGUCUUUCCUCAUUGGAGGGGAGCGUCGCGUGCAGGCCUUGCAAAUUGUGCGCCGGGAAAAUGGGAGCAUUAUCCACCAACAGCGCACUCUGUUUCCAGGUGAUGUUUUGCGAAAAGGAAAGAUUUAUAUUGGCGAAAAAAGGAGAAAAAGUAAGAUCUUCCGAAAAACAAAAGUCGUGGCGGAAAAGUACUUGUUGUGUACGGAUGAUGCAGAUCGAGAAAUUCUUCUUCCAUUCGACCAGAAAGGACUGUUUUACACUUUAACGACUACAACUGGGGAUGCAAAUCGUCCGGUGAUGCAGAUGAGUGAAAUUGUUGAUAAGAAGUGCUUCCCAUGUAUUGUCCGUCUUGUUUAUGGUCGUAUUCCUAACACACCAUGUUCUUUCACCGGGACGCUUCGUCUGGAGCGAGCAGAUCUGGAGCAAUCAGUUGUAGCCGCAACGUUAGCUAACACCAGAAAUAUUCUUCUAGAAAUCCCUACUUCAUGUGAUCUACAAUUCAAUGUAGCUAUUUCCAACGAUGAUCUAAUUCGCAUGCCGUCGUAUCACCAAGCUUUGGAAUUGUGCAACGAGAAAGGGUCGAUUUAUAUGAGAAAUAUCAAAGUCUGUUACACAAUAUCCAGUGACUCUCACAAUGAGCCACCACUUGAUUUGCCCCUACUCGAGGAUCCUGCAGUCGAACCAGAACCAGUAGCACGCCGUAGAAAGCUCUCUAAGCAACUUUCCACUGGAACCGACACCUCAGAUGAUUAUAGCCAUGGUUCCGCAAAUCGAUCAUCCGACUAUGUUGAAAUGCGAUCCGUCAAAAGUGGUUCGAUCACAGAAGAGAGCUGUGAUGAAGAUCUCAAUAGAUUCUCACUAUUCUCGAAAGAAAUCAACCACAAUGAUGUCAGUCCUACUCCUUGUGCUUGCACCAAUCAGUUUUCGAACCCAUCCUAUAUAGAAGGUGCUAAUGAGCCACAACCAGAACAACCAGUUCUUCAAAUUUUCUUAGGGAACAAAUGUUUAUCUGUUGAGAUGAAAGCUGACGAUAGUUCAAAUGAGUCACUUGAGGAACCACCUGAAAGAAUUCAAAAAUCAAAUCAAGAACAAGCACCCAAACCUUGCUUGGGUUCUGGUGGUUCGUAUGACAGCGGAAUACAAAUGGAACCAGACAGACAAGGUGGAAGGCGUCCCUCUACUAAAGUUUUCUCGGAAGCAGCACAUCAAUAUGAGGAUAAUGUAACAUAUGACGUACCCCGCUUGCCCUCCAGACGAGACAGUGCUCCACCUGGAUGCAGCACACUAGCUUCCUCUGAAAAAAGUUCAGAGAACGCAAAAGAGGCAUUUAAUCGCCGUCCCUCUACAUGGAUGAACUCAACAAGUCCUCGCCGCCCACCUCCCCCAUUGCCGCCCACGAAAGAAGUAAUCAUUGACCAGUCGUCACUAAUAGUCGCAAUAGAAGAAUAUGUAUCUGAGGAAGAAACGUUAGAUCCUGUUUAUCAAAAUAUUGCAGGUUCUCAUACAAGUAUGGAGAACUUAUUCAGGCAUAGGGAAGGCAGCCCGCGACUGACACCUGCAAGUUCUCGGUGUUCUUCGACAAGAGAUUCAGGUCAUCUCUCUGAUGACUGCAUUCCUGGGCGAUCAAGCCAUAACUUUGACCGGGGUCGACUAUCGCCAAGCAUUUUUCAGACUUCUCCAAUUGGCGACAUUCCUGAUCUUCCUCGAAGUCGAAGAAAUUCUGAUAGUCCAAUUGCAGACGAUAGUCCGAAUUCGAGUUUGCCGAUCCCUUCCCUUCCAAUUUCAGAAGAAUCGUCCAAAAAAUGCAAAUGUGACAGUCAUGAUCUUUUAAGUAACAAUUCAAAGACAGUCCUUGAAGAAAAAAUGUUGAAUGAUUCUAAGGAAGAAAACAACAAUCUAAAGAAGUCACUAGACGCUGACUUGGAUAAAAAACGAGAUACGCAGAUACACAUUGAAAACUUGGCUGAAAUAUUAACAUUAACAGAGACUAAUGACCCUGAUGCGUUUUCUAAAACAUCGUCGCAUGAUAAUUUUACUUCUAAAAAUACAAAUAUAGAACAGUAUUCGGAUACAAGUGAAUCUAACACAAAAGAGAGACACUGUUCUGUUUCGUCAUCGCAAAGCCUCGACAUUUCAGACGAUAAUUGUGAGGAUUCUGAAGAAAGUACUUCUACACCACUAAUUAACGAACAAAAUAUCCACAGACUCCGAGGACCCAAAAUCAGCAUUAACAAGAAAAAAUCCAGACAGUCAAAAGAUAUUUCUAAAAUGACAGUACAGGAGCUAGCAGUAGAAUUUCGGCAUGUUGGCAUAAAGCAGCAAACAAUAGACCUGAUUAUCAGCGAGGACUUAGAUGGACUCACUUUGUUAGAAAAGUAUCGGGCGCAUGAUUCCGUCCGGGACUUUUUGCCAAGUGUAGGGCUAAUUGACCUACAGAAAAUCUCCUUAUUUAUUCAAGGAUGUAAAUAUUGAAGAAAAAAAAAAUCUCUUGAAGAAAAUUUAUACCCAAACAAAAUCUUAUGUACAUAA